AUGGUUUUUGAGGAGAGCAACGCUGUGGACAUCCUCUCAACGCUGUGGACAUCCUCUCAACGCUGUGGACAUCCUCUCAACGCUGUGGACAUCCUCUCAACGCUGUGGACAUCCUCUCAACGCUGUGGACAUCCUCUCAACGCUGUGGACAUCCUCUCAACGCUGUGGACAUCCUCUCAACGCUGUGGACAUCCUCUCAACGCUGUGGACAUCCUCUCAACGCUGUGGACAUCCUCUCAACGCUGUGCCAAU